AUGAAAGAUUUUGAAGAUAAAGUAAACGAUCAAGAUUGGUUGUUAUCAAAUCUUGACCGUCCACCAACCUUUCUAGAUCGCUUAAGGUUUUACCUUUACACGAGAUUUAAUCGCAGACCGUACAAGUCAUUUAGAUGUAUAUCAAUUAAAGGAGGAUUUCUGCCAAAACUAUUUUUAUACAAUGGAUUGGUGAAUUCGAAAUAUAACAUACUUACCUUUAUACCGCUGGUUUUAUAUUCGCAAUUUAGUUCUUUCAUCAAUCUUUUCUACUUGGCAAUGUGUUUAUCGCAACUCGUACCAGUAUUGCGUGUCGAGUCACCAAUUGUACACAUGUUUCCACUGUCCCUGGUCAUAUUCGUGUACAGCCUAAAGGAGGGCAUAGAGGACUAUAAGCGCCACGUGAGGGACAAGGAGCACAACCGGCAGCAGUUUUGUUAUUUCUCGGAUAAGGGAUACGUCGACGUGGCCUCAGAGAAGAUAAAGCUGGGCCAGUUGCUUAUGCUGAAGCAGGGAGAAAGAGUACCUGCGGACAUACUGCUGUUGAAGACGAGUGAGCCGAAUGGAGCAUCCUUUGUGCGCACAGAUCAGCUAGAUGGAGAGACGGAUUGGAAGUUGAAGAGAGCAGUGGCGACGACGCAGGCAAUGAGCGUGGAGGACAUAUUUAAUUUGUUGUCAGUGGCCACCGUGGAGGAGCCUAAGCCGGAUUUUUACAACUUCCUGGGCAAAAUCACGUUCUACUACCCUGUAAAGAGCGAAGAUGAAAGACCGAGGGGAGGCUAUGAGACCGAUAACGCAAACAGUGACCUUGUCAUAAGUAGGAGCAGCUCCAGCGACCUUGCCAGUAACGGAAGUAUUACGAACAAUACCAACAACGUUACCAGUACGACUAACCUUGAGAAUAUUACCACCAAUACAGCUGCCGUUACCAACAACCAUGUCGGCGGCAGUCCUAGAAUCAGUAACGUCACGGGCAACGGUACCACUACUCUUGGAAGCACCACUAACCUUGCCGGCAACACUAACCUUGCAAGUGGCGCCGAUAACUACGAUAGAACGAACAGCAUGACCAACGUGAAAAGAAGUAGUAGCAGUAACCUGGCGAGAGGAAACAGUAGCGUGAAAUGUGAUAAGGAUGCAGAAUUCACGACCAUUGGAGUGAAGAGCCUCAAGUACGACCUGGUGGUCGAGUCGCUUAACGUGGACAACGUGGUCUGGAUGAACUCGAUCGUGGCAAGUGGAACAAUACACGGGCUAGUGAUAUACAUCGGCAAGGACGCAAGGGCGUGUCUGAACUCGAAGAGGUCGAGGACGAAGUUCGGGCUCUUCGAAAGAGAGCUGAACAGGCUGUUCAUAAUACUGAUAGUCCUAAUGCUGGGCAUGACAAUAAUCAUGCUCGCGCCGACGGGCUUCGAAGCGAAGUGGUACGUGACCUUCCUGAAGUACCUGCUGCUGUUCUCAACCAUCGUGCCACUGUCGCUGAGAAUAAGCCUCGAUAUCGCAAAGUACGUGUACAACAGAGCCAUCGUGAUGGAUAAAAAGAUACCCAAGGCAAUGCCGAGAACGACAAUGAUACCAGAGGAGCUAGGAAGAAUACAGUACCUGCUGUCAGACAAGACAGGGACGCUGACGCAAAACGUUAUUUCGCUGGAAAAGCUGUACGUGUCGCGUGGAUUUUACACAAACGAGGACGUGGGAGUCAUAAAGAGCAAGAUGGAUAGCUUUCUAAGGCCGCCGUCGAAUACGGCGACGACGCCACCAAACAGUUUGGGGAAUCUCACAACCAUUCAUGCGAGUGCUAGUGGUCGCGGCGUAGGCGAUAAAACGGAGCACAGUAAUAGGAGUCACGGGAGUGGUGUAAGUGUUAGGGGAAGUGGCGUUGGUACCAGCACCAGCAUCGCGAUUGGAAACCAGGGCAGUGCCCGCGGCAUUGGUAGCAGCCGAGGCAACGUCGCAGCCACUGGUGGUGGUGGCAGUGUCGGCGUUGUCGCUAGGCAAUACGAGGGAGCGAGUAAGGACUCAAGCAGGCACGACGAAACAGGGGGACCACUGAGAGGCGCAAGUCUAGAAGGCGCCUCAAGCGCAAGGGCAUUGAAUGAUAGGGACGAAAAGGAAGUAAUAAGGGACAUAUUUGGCGCAAAUCUAGGGGAUAGCCUGGAGAGUAGGCUGUGCCUAUCGCUUCUAUCACUCGGAAUUUGCCACAACGUGCGGCCAAUACUGUCGACGGAGGAUCCGAAACCACAGUCGCCAGCAGUCGGAACAACUGCUGCUACCAAAAACACAAAUACAGACGAGAGAGAGACGAAUAUGGGAACACGUGAAGAUGCUGUGGGAAGUCCCACUCGGGUUGGUUACCACGGCCAAGGGCUCGAAAGUAACAGCGGCGCACGCCAGGACAAGGACUUCGGUGUCGUAACCAGCAGAAGUAACAUGGGAGAAUACGGGUUGAACGACUCUGCGAGCGCAGACGGCUCAGACAGAGCGGUUGGCGGAGCGAAGAGUGAAAAGGAGGAGGACAACGUGGAGUUCCAGGCCAGCUCGCCGGACGAGAUCGCACUGGUCAAGUUCGCGCACCUGUGCGGCUUUAAGCUGGUGCACAGAGACGACUACUGCAUGCGCCUGCUGGUUAACGGACUACUCCUGGAGUUCAAAAUCCUGUUCAUGAUACCCUUCAGCAGUGAGACGAAGCGCAUGGGCAUAAUCGUCGAGGACUCGUGCGGAGGGAAGCACUUCUUCAUCAAGGGGGCGGAGGUGGUUAUCAUACCCUUCCUGCUCCCCAGGGGAAGCGUCUGGCUCUCGGAGGAGUGCGACAACCUGGCGCGGCUGGGUCUGCGGACGCUGGUCUUCGCCUACAGGCCAAUCUCGGACCACGAGUUCACAGUCUUCAUGGCCAAGUACCGCGAGGCGAACGUGAGUCUCGAGGACCGCGUGAAGAAGAUACGCAACGUGCAGUCGACGCUCGAGCACGGGCUCACGCUGGUGGGCCUGACGGGCGUGCGCGACCAGCUGCAGAGGAACGUGGCGGCCACGCUGGAGAGCCUGAGGAACGCGGGCAUCAAGAUCUGGAUGCUCACGGGCGACAAGAUCGACACUGCGAAGUGCGUGGCGAUCUCGGCGGGCCUGAAGCAGAGGCACCACACGGUCUACCAGAUCAGCGUCGAGAGCCUGGUGAACCCGCUGAUUAACCCGUCGGACACCUCGAAGAAGCACCCCGAGCGCGUGGAGAAGGAGGUGAUCGACUUCAUCAACAGCUUCGACAGGACGGCACACGCGGCCUCUGUCCCGCAGGCCCGGAACCGCUGGCUCUGGCGCUCGGGCGCGCGGGCGGCGCACGACGGGCCCAACUUCGACCGCCCGGAGUCCGAGUACCCGGGCGAGCGGGAGCGCUACGAGGCGUGCAUGAAGCGGGUGGCCUCGGUGAUCGAGUGGAACCUGGAGCACUUCAGCAUGGGCCCCGCGGACUCGGUGCUCAUCCUCGACUCCUUCGUGCUCUCGGUCGCGCUCGACCGCCUGCGCAAGCUCCUGCUCAAGAGCAGCACGCUCGCGAGCAGCGUGCUCUGCUGCCGCUGCACGCCGCAGAUGAAGGCGGACAUCGUGAAGCUGCUGAAGACGAACAAGCAGAUCGUCUGCUGCAUCGGCGACGGCGACAACGACGUGCCCAUGAUCACGGAGGCGAACGUGGGCAUCGGGAUCGUCGGCAAGGAGGGCCUGCAGGCCUCGCUCUCGAGCGACUACUCGCUCGUCGAGUUCUCGCACCUGAAGCGGCUGCUCCUCUGGCACGGCAGGAACUCGUACAAGCGCAGCAGCAAGAUGAGCCAGUUCCUCAUGCACCGCGGCGUCAUCAUCAGCGUCAUGCAGGCGAUCUUCAGCAGCAUCUACUACUUCAUUCCCAUCGCCUUCUUCCAGGGCUGGCUCCUCGUCGGCUUCACCUCCUACUACAACAUGAUUCCCAUAUUCUGCCUCGUGCUCGACGUGGAGAUUUGCGAGGAGGACGUGAUGCUCUUCCCCGAGCUCUACCACGAGCUGCGGCGCGGCCGCGUGAUGAACGUGAAGACCUUUCUCAUCUGGAUCUGGAUUUCGCUCUUCCAGGGCACCGUGCUCAUGACCGGCGCCAUCAUCCUCUUCGAGAACUCGCUCGUCUCCCUCAUCGCCAUCGGCUGCACCUCGCUCUUCAUUCUUGAGAUUUUGAACCUCGUCGCCGAGCUGAACAGUUGGCACCGUCUCACCAUCAUCGGCAUCAUGUGCACUUCGGUCGUCUACUUCUACUCGCUGCUCGUCUUCAGGAACAACUUCGACAUGGAGUUCAUCGCCCGCAAGAGCUUUUUCUGGAAGAUCUGGGUGAUCAGUUUCCUCGGCUGGGUUCCCGUUUACGCUGUGAAGUGGCUAACGAAUCUGCUGAAGCCUCCUCAGUACGUCAAGCUGAUCGUUUCUUAG